AUGCCGCCUUCGCAGGAACAGCUAGCUGCGAUCUCCAUCACAGAACGUGUCUGUUCAACCGUCUCGCUGGUCGGCGCCUUUGUGAUCGUCACGACGUUCAUCCUAUGGUGCUGGGUCUCUCUACCCUGGGAUAUCCUCCGCAUCGGCGUCUUCUACGGCCCCGUCUGGUUCGUCAUCUCUCUCACCUUCGCCAUCUAUCUACGCGCCGGUUCAGUCAUAUAUGAAAAACGACGACAACUCCGCGCACUGGACAAUAUUGACUCUCUCGAUACGGAGACCGCCACCCAUGCCCCGCUCGUCAAUCUCGCCGGUAUCCAGGUGACCAGUGAAAUCGCCUGCUCUAGACCAGAACGCCGAUCUAUCGCCGCACCAGAGGUACAUGUCCCCGUGCCCGUGCCCGUGCCCGUACGUAGCUUCAGCUUGCCAACCUUCACUCCGUACUCCGUCUCUAUCGAGGGUGGCAUGAUGGAUCCAAUUAGCAUGCAUCAGAAUUCAGAAGAGCAACUCCCGCCUAUUCACGCUUCGAGGGCGAAGCUAGAUCCGAGGAUGUCGAUAACCUCUUCCUCUAAAUGCCGUUCUGAAGGCGUGGAGAGGCACUCACAGCGACGCGGGAGUAACGAGCCUAUCUCGGCUGCGUGGGCUUAUACCAAGUACGCGAUGCUAUUUUUCAUCGCGCUACUUGUGACGUGGGUUCCCUCCACGGUUAACAGAGUACCCACGCCACAACCCAAAAUCACUUCAGCUUCCCGAUCUCACGCGCACAAUACCAUGGCAGGUCCCAAUUCCCACCCACCGCCCACCGCCCCAACAACAGACAACCCCGCGCAAGCCUCACAAACCCCCGGUCUCCGCGCCUCACGUCUACACCAAGUCUUCGACCAAGCUCUCGCACGCACACUCCGCGCAAACUCCUACGCCAAUUUCUCGGGCUGUUUCCCCACGCCGGCUCGUCAUGUUCCGGCCAGUCUGGAAAGCGUGUGGAGACAAUUGAAUGCGAAGUUGGAGGAGAGCGCUAAGGCGGAGUUUGAGGAGAUUCUGGAAGAGAGAGAGGCAGUGGCGCAUUUGAAUGAGUUGGAUCGAUUAGUUGCGGAGGCGAAGGUGCGGAAGGAAAAGGGGAAGGGGAAUGGGGAAGAGAGGGGGUCUGGAAAUGCGCCUCAUACCCUUGGUGCGGAGCAGCUUUACAAGGCUCAUUUGACGCCGUAUCUACAGGAAGCGCAAGCAACGUUGAACGGCAAACUCGACGAGACGCAUGCGCAGAAUGCAGAGUUGGCGCAGACGGUGCAGGCGCAGAGGCGGGAGAUUGAGAAGCUGUUGGCGCAGCUUGAGUCUGUGGUUACGGAUAUCGAGGGCGCUGCUACGGCGGCUACGGAGUUUAGCAAGGAGCAUCAUAUUCGUCAGGAUGCGGUUCAAAUGGACCGGGAGGUUAAUGCCCGCCCGGACGUAUGA